GUCAAAGCUCAAAUUUUAUCGGUACAAGCUUUGAAAUUUAAUGUGCCUCAUGUACAAGAUUUCCAAACGGAUUUUCUUAAAAUCGAUGAUCGAAACUUUAAAUCGAUCCAAUUUUGUAAAGUCCCAGAUGGAAAAAAUUUGAAAUUUUCUCUAUAAUUGGCUCCGCGAACAGUGCCCCAGAUAAGUUUUCCAAGUGCAACGCCGUGCACUCAACAGCAGCAGCAUACCUUAAAUUAAAGUGGACCCACGGAUUUCAUUAUCGGUCGUUUCCACUUUCUACGGCGAAUCAGCGACUGUACUGGCGGCGGAGCCGCGAUCUUGUGGAGCUGAAGGGCGCCCCCUCCGUCCCCAUGGCCGCAACAUUGGCUUCACUGGUCCCAUUACUCAUCUUUGCCAGAAUCUUUGCUCUGCUGGUCGCCGUUCUGGUCUUCGUUUGGGCUCUUGCUUUCAGUUCCAGCUUCCAUCAUCGCUCCCCCUCCCGGGAAGAUCAUAUCUUCGAUGUUCUGCAUCCUUUGUUCAUGGUAAUUGGUCUCAUUCUCCUCAGCGGUGAAGCAAUUUUGGUCCAUAGUUGGCUGCCGGGUUCGAGGAAUUUGAGGAAAUCUGUUCAUCUGAGUCUUCAAGGGCUGGCUUUGGCUUCUGGGAUUAUCGGAAUUUGGACCAAAUUUCAUAGGGAUCGUAGCUUUUUGGCUAAUUUCCACAGCCUGCAUUCUUGGAUGGGUUUACUUGCUGUCACUUUGUUCGGAGCUCAGUGGAUGAUGGGUUUUCUGAGCUUCUGGCAUUGGAGGGAGGUGAGGGGAACAAGAGAAAGAGUGCUGCCAUGGCAUGUGUUUGUUGGGUUAUACAGUUAUGGAUUGGCAGUGGCAACGGCAGAAACAGGGCUUCUUGAGAAGUUGACAUUGUUGCAAACUAAGAGAAAUGUCCCUAAGAAAGGUCCUGAAGCUAUGGUUGUCAACAGUCUGGGACUGGCAUUGGCUUUGCUUAGUGGAAUUGUGAUUCUCACUGCUAUAUCUCCCAAAUAUCCUCCUUCCCUUCCCUCUAAACAUCCAUUUUUCUCUAAUUCCAAGCUCUUGCCUUCUUAAUACGAGUACUGCAUCUUCUGCCAUUGUUUUUCCUCAUGUGUAUAAGCCAUAAGGCUUGUCUUUUGCAGGCUUCAGAAUUUCCUUAUUCUGUGUGUGUGUGUGUGUGUGUGCAUGGUGUGUAGUGUAUGAGAAAAGAUUUCCAUCUGAUUAUUCAAGGGCUUGUAAUUUGGAGAGAAAUUUGGGCUUCUAAAGUUGGCUUGCAAAA